UUAGUUGAAAAGACAGCAAGCGAUAUGACGCCGGCGGUAACUAGCAGUACUGGGGCCGUAUCAGCGUGUUCCCCGCCCACAUCUACACCGGUCAGUCAACGUCGCAAGCACAGCGCACGUGAGCAACUGCAGCAAAUUGUUGCCGGUGGCAUGGCGGCCGCUAUUACACGUUCCACCUGUCAGCCCCUGGAUGUGCUCAAGAUACGCUUUCAGCUGCAGGUGGAACCGUUUAGGACAACAGAACAUAACGUGGUCCUACCAGGCCACAAAUCCGAUACGCUAUUGCAGUCUUCUAAAUACACGUCUAUUAUUCAAGCCGUGCGCACCAUUUAUCGCGAGGAGGGCCUGUUAGCCUUUUGGAAAGGUCACAAUCCUGCCCAGGUGUUGAGCAUUAUGUACGGCAUCUGUCAGUUUUGGACAUACGAGCAGCUUAGCUUGGUAGCCAAACAAACCAACUACCUCAAGGAUCACACGCAUCUCUCAAAUUUCAUGUGCGGCGCUGCAGCGGGCGCUGCAGCAGUGAUCAUAUCCACACCUUUGGAUGUUAUACGCACACGCCUGAUUGCCCAAGACACUAGCAAAGGAUAUCGAAAUGCAACGCGUGCUAUCACGGACAUUAUGCGGCAGGAGGGACCACGUGGAAUGUAUCGUGGCUUGUCCUCAGCCCUGCUGCAAAUCGCGCCCUUAAUGGGCACCAACUUUAUGGCCUAUCGUUUGUUCAGUGAAUCGGCGUGCACUUUCUUUGAGGUGGACGACCGUAGUAAGCUGCCUACUUGGACGCUUUUGGUGCUAGGCGCCUCAUCGGGCAUGCUGUCCAAGACAAUUGUGUAUCCGUUUGAUUUAAUCAAGAAGCGUCUGCAAAUCCAGGGCUUUGAGCAAAAUCGCCAAACAUUCGGACGUACCCUUCAAUGCAAUGGCGUUUGGGAUUGUCUUCAGUUAACUGUGCGGCAGGAGGGUGUAUGGGGUCUGUACAAGGGCGUUGCUCCCACGCUGCUCAAGUCAAGCCUGACAACGGCCUUGUAUUUUAGCAUUUACGACAAGCUUAAACAGGUGCGCCUCUGGUAGGCGCCGCAACAGUUUUCUAUUUAGCACCUAAGUAGUGAAAAAGUUCACAGCACAGAAUCUAUUUUUAUAUGCAAUUUACAAUUUACUCUGUAAAUGAUACUAAGCAUAGUUUCUCUGUUAAUUAGUUAUCGUUUUUAGUACGGGUUUGUUUUAUGUUAAUAAGUAUCUGAUUAAACCAUGCGCCAACCUAUAAACUAUAUGCACAAAUGCAUAGACGAUUCCGAAA